UCCAGGAAUGGCGGGGCGAGUCUGUAAACUUCUGCCCAGCUUUUAUUUACCCGAAGGGGAGAACCACGCGAUGAGUGCGUCUCUUCUUGAAGGGAGAAAUGAAAAUGCCCAGAAAAAAGACCUCUUACCCACCCCAAAGGCUGGAUUUACUCAUCCUGAGCCCUGUGUGCAGGUCCAUGUGAAUGAGCCCAGGAGGCAUCUGCCCACACAGGGGGCUUAUGGAGAAGAAUCUGGAAAGAGUGGAAGCAGGACAAGUUACUCCUGCAGCACUUACCAUCCUGAGCACUCAAACCAGCAUCUGUCACCUGCUCCCUUCUGCAGAGCAUCUGCUCAGUGCGCCCACUUCUCACUGCGUCCCCGCCUGGUGGGCUGUGGAGUCCCUGGCACUACAGGCCAUGCCUUAGUCCUCCACACAUCCCCCGGACACCCAGCUGCCCAUGGCUCCACAGGCACUCAUCAGUUCUCCCACCCAUGCAAUGUGGAUGUCUUUGGAGAGCCCCCAAAGGAAGGAGAACAGAAACCCCUGAUGAACUACACCUCCCUCUUCACCAGGCUCAUCUUCUUCCCCAAGAGGAAGGAGCAGUUGGGAUUUCCAACUCACUCCUUUGUCAGUUUUUCUUACACUUUGUGUUUUUACUAUAACAGGUAUCCACAAUCCCUCUCCUGUUAGAGGCAUUUGGGUAUGUAUUUGCUUCUCUGAACAGGCUAUGAGUCCCAGAAAGGCCAGGACUGUGUCUUGGUCACUUCAACAUCCCCCCCCACCCCUCCCCAUCAUCUGGCACAUGGCUGGCAUG